GGUCCUACGUCCUCGACCGUCUCGGCACUUGCCCAAGCCCUCUCAUGAGCACCGUCAGCAAGAGCGCCAAAGAGGCGCGGCUCCGCGAGUUUGUCGAGAUCACCGGUGCAACAACGGCCGACGCGACGAGGUUCCUCAAGGCCGCGUCCUGGCGACUCGACAACGCGAUGGACGCCUUCUUCAGCGAUCCUCGGGCCGGCGCAGCCACCUCGGCGACCACGGCCGCGAGCAACGCCACGCUCGCUCGCAACCUCGACGCCGUCUGGGCGGUGUACCACGAUCCAGCUACGCCAGACGAGAUCGGCAUGGACGGCACGAUGCAGUACUGCCGCGACCUCGGCGUCGACCCGGAGGACGUCGUCUUCCUCGCGCUCGCCUGGUUCACCAAAGCGCCGACGAUGGGUCGGUUCUCGCGCCGCAGCUGGACCGAGGCGUGGCAAGCAGUCGGGUGCGACUCGAUCGAGCGCCAGAAGCAGUACGUCGCAAAGCUUCAGGAGCAGGUGCGGGACCCGACGACCUUCAAGCGCAUCUACAACUUUGCCUUCGACUACGCCAAGGCAGAAGGGCAAAAGAGCCUGCAGUUCGACAUCGCGCGCGAGUUGUGGAACCUCCUCAUCCCUCUCGAUCCCGACUCGACGUUCCCGGCUCGACACUUGGCCCAGUGGCUCGCGUUCCUCGAGGGCAAGGGCGGGCGAGCGGUCUCGCGCGACACCUGGAGCCUCUUUCUCGACUUUGCGCGGUCCGUCGACGAGUCUUUCUCGAACUACGACGAGGAAGGUGAGCCUUGCACGGCAUGGCCUUCUCUCAUCGACGACUUUGUACAGAGCGUGUGUAGAUCUUGAGAGAGAGAUGCAACGCGGUCUUUCUCAUUUCA